UGGCGGGUUUCGUUGUGUUGUUGAGUUAGAGCGCUAAUACACGAGUCUAGAUACUACAUAUUGGCGACGAGGCAAAGAACGAAACAUGACAUUGAUGAUCGGGAAAGUGGGGCCCUUUGAUGGAAGUCAAGAUGAAUGGGAACACUACGUCGAACGACUAGGUUUUUACUUCACGGCGAACAAGGUGACUGACAAAGACCAACGGAAGGCAGUGUUGUUGAGCGUAUGUGGCGCUCAAACGUACAAACUCAUCCGUAACCUUCUCGCGCCGCAGACACCGGAUGCAGUCGAAUAUGACGACAUCGUCAAGAGAGUUCAAGAUCACGUGAGACGAAAGCCUUCAGUUAUUCUACAACAGUUUAGAUUUAACAGUUGCAACAGGAAAGAAGGUGAGUCUGUGGUGGAUUUCGUCACGGAAUUGCGUCGAUUAUCGACAGACUGUGUCUUUGGGGAUACUCUCUCAGACAUGCUAAGAGACAGACUGGUGUGCGGGAUAAAUGAAGAGAAGACUCGGCGGAGACUCUUGCAAGAAGUCAACUUGACAUUUGAGGACGCUCUACGGAUUGCUCGAGUGAUGGAAACAGCUGCAAGAAAUUCGCUAGAAAUGCAACAAGGUGGGCCAAACUAUGUCUCGUCGCCAUGAUCAAGCAGAAGAGCCUCUUUCUUUGGCAAAGGUAUACAAACUACUGUUGCAGACAAUCAACUUGCUCCUGCAACAACAUCACCCUGAAAAUUAAUCUCUUGGCUGCUACAAUGUUUCUGCAUGCAGCUGCUUCAUCCA